UACGUGUGGCCGGGUUAUUUAAAACAUUGGUUGAAAGUGCACUGUAUUGCAGACGCGAGCCGGGUUAAAGGGUAAACAAUGUUAGUUAACAAACACGCCAAACCAACACCACACGUUUAAAAGACACUACUUCAGGAAUUUUUUUACACGUUCAACAAACUGAGAAAAUUGAUUGACUGUCAGUGUCUGGAUCAUUUUACCCAGCAUGCAAUAAACAACAAGGAAAUCUGGUACCACAGCGACUCCCAGUUUUGACAUCUUGAAAAAAAGAAAAAUUGUUAGGGGCAGGUCACCAGGUGAAACAUAAUUUUAGAUACAGAGUGAGAGAAUAUAAUGUCUGGAAGAGAGAGAGAGAAACGCAGGUGUCUGGAAGUUCUUGGUUUGCCAAACUCUGCUUCAGAGGAUGACAUUAAGAAGACGUACAGAUCACUUGCCAGACAACAUCACCCAGAUAAGAAUGAUGGGGAAGAUGCCACCCAGAGAUUCCAGGAAAUCAGUUAUGCCUAUAAGUAUUUAAUUGAAGGUCCACCUAACACGGGUCACCAUGGAGAUAGCUUUGAAUGUGGUAUUCCGGUUGAGAUCUUGAUUCGACUCUUUCCAUGGCUGUUUACUGGUCGAACGAUGUUCAAUCCUUUUGAGCGGCCGCGAUUCCGCCCGUCUCCGUUCUUCAUGUACGACAGUUCCGAUGACGAUGACGAGUAUUACGAGUUCUGUUUCCAUGACAACGGUGAUGAUAACAGCGACAGCGACUGUCGCCCGCGGGAACGGGCAUACACACCAAGCAACACGGCGGGCAAUAAAAACGUGAAUGCCAAGAAAGAGAGAAGGAGGGAGAAAAAGAAGCGGUAUGAAGAACGAAGGAAACAAGCGAAGAAAGCUGAUAGCAGUCAGCCAACAGGUGCUGCUCGGAACACCAGUGAAAGUAGGAAAGAUUUCAAAUCGGAAUCGGCAGGCAUCAAGUCGGAAGGAAAAGAAAACUGUUUCCCUUCUGAAAGUGCCAGACAAAAGAGCACUGCCGAUAAAGAACAGUCUGAAUGUAAUGCGUCGGCCAAAACUAAAACACAAGAUGAGAAGCCUAAUGAACAGGACGACAAAACCCAGGCCCAGAACUCUUCCAAACCAACUGAAGGAAAGAAAAAUGUUGCUGAGACUAUAGCUUCAUCUUGGAGUAAUGCGUCUCAGAAUAUGUCGGAAAAGAUUCAGAACAAAGAAAAGAAAAAGAAGAUUCAGGCUGAAGAGAGAAAGAGAGAGAAGGAGAUAUUGGAAAUCCGAAGAGAGCUGGAGAGGCAGGAGGAAAUUAAAGCACAGAAACUUGCCCAGAAGAAGGAACAAGAGAAACGUCUAGCUGAGGAACGUCGGAAGCGAGAGGCAGAGGAAGAGGAACGAGAGAUGGAGAGACUAGAAAUGGAAAAAAAAGAAAUGGAAAGAAAAGAAAUGGAGAGAAAAGAAAUGGAGAAAAAAGAGAUUGAAAGGAAAGAAAUGGAAAGAAGAGAGAUGGAAAAAAAAGAGAUGGAGAGACAAGAAAUGGAAAGACGUCAGGAGGAAUACAGGAAGGCUCAAUUCACUCAGGACUUUCAAAAAGUGGAUAAGAAAAAUAAAGUGAAUAAAACGAAACCAAUGCGACCGUUGAAGAAGUUUCCGUCUGGUAACAAGUUUAGUGUUUUAGCCGAUGUCGAUGACGAAACUCUGCUGCAAACCAUGACCGAGUCAAAAUCUACCGGUGUUGGUGAAAAGCGUGAAGCCACAAAAUCUAAGACAAUAUUUGAUAUUGAGUCGAGCAUGACCAUGGACGCCCUGGACGAUAUAUCCGACAACGAGGACCUCCUGCUGUUUGCAUCAAAGAACUCGUUCUGGUGUGACCCGGCCAUGUCAGGGUCAGGGUCAUCUGCAAGUAAGCAAGGUCACGGUCAACCAGAGAAAAGCUCAGGAAGACCUGAAUCCGAGAAACAGAAAAACAAGACGUUCACGUUCGAGGCGUCAAACCGGAACUCUAACAACGCGUACGGGAAGCCGACACAGGGCCAGGGCAGUACACAGUCUGGUUUCCAUGGAAAUGUUCCGCAAGCGGCUACGUCCACUCCGGUGAUGUGUUGGGCUGAUGAGAUGGACGACGUUGAUGACGGCGCCAUAUCGGGCAGCUCACCAAACACUGGCGACAGUCUCAAACAGCAGCCCAACGGCAGCUACUACAACAAUGUUCGUGGCAGCAGCAAUAACAAACAGGCUAACGGCUUUAGGGGAUAUGGAGGAAAUAACAGAGGAGCUUCUCGAGGCUAUGGCAGAAAUAACGGAGGUGCUGCAGCAACAAGUAGAAACACCACUGGUGCCUCUCAAGGUUAUGGUGGAAAUCACAAAGGUGCCUCGCAGAAUUAUGGUGGAAAUUACACUGGUGCCUCUUGGGUCAAUGGUGAAAAUAACAGUGGUGCCUCUACAGGUUAUGGUGGAAAUAACCGAGGUGCGUCACAAGGUAACGGUGGAAAUAAUAGAGGUGCCUCUACAGGUUAUGGUGGAAAUAACAGAGGUGGAAAUAACACAGGUGCACCACAAGGUUAUGGUGGAAAUAACAGAGGUGCCCCACAAGGUUUUGGUGGAAAUACCAGGGGUGCUCAAAGAGGUUAUGGUGGAAAUACCCCUCGUGGGAACGGAGUCUUUCAUAACCAACAGCAGAGCUACUAUUCCGGUGGACCUAUCCAGUAUUCUGGUGGAUAUGGCAAUCAGAAUUUCAGUUCUGUCGGAGGACGCGGUUUUCGUUUUCCUAAUUCGAACCAACAGAGGCCUUACGGGGCGCCCCAGCAAGGGUAUCCAUUUGCCAACCGUUUCACUUAUUAUUGAUUGUGGUGUUUUCUAGACCGUAUAUCUAGUAAUGCCAAUUAGAACUUUCAGGUAUUGAAAUAAGUAUAGUGUUCGGUGACUGAUUGUAAACAGGUUUAAAAUUUAAUUUAAAAAUGAUGGUGGCUAAUACGGCUAGUUAUAACAAAUUGUUACUGACCCUUUUCAAAUUUCAGCAGCCCCCAAAUGAUUGAAUUAGCAUUUUGAUUAUUUAAUAUAGUUUAUGAUUAUGUUGGAAAGAUACAUAUUUUUCUGCUGUGGUAUGAGCUAUCCUAUCUGUGGGAUGGUGCAUAUAAAAGAUCCUACUAAUGCUACUAAUGGGAAAAAAAUGUAACG